AUACCUUUUAUAAAUAGCUAUAUCACAAUUUCUUUUCUCCUCUUCAAUCUUCAUUUUUUUCCCAACUGUAAUGCAAAACAUGACCAUCCAAAGUGAUCAUCAUCAUCUCCUAGAGAAUGUAUGGGCGAGCUUCUUUAAUGGAGGCAAUGAAGGAGAUAAACAAACAAGCAAUGCACAAGACGAUUCCAAAUCAUGGGAAGAAUUGCCUAGUCUUGACGGGAGAGAAGGGUCAACGGAUGUCCUUCAAAGGCUACCAAGUUUAGGCAGGUGGAUGUCGAUGGGAGCUGAGGCCUGGGAGGAACUUCUUUCAGGAAUAGACCCUACUAGUGACAAUACAGGUCCUGCUUCCAAUUACAGUUCAGAGAACAAAGACUCCAAAUUGAUUCCUGUUAAAGGAGAUCAAAGAACAGCUCCAAGACACUACAGGGGAGUAAGGAGGCGGCCUUGGGGUAAAUAUGCCGCGGAGAUAAGAGACUCAUCAAGAAAAGGAGCUCGAGUUUGGCUUGGGACUUUUAAUACAGCUGAGGAAGCAGCUUUAGCUUAUGACAAGGCUGCUUUGAGAAUCAGAGGACCCAAGGCAUAUCUCAACUUCCCAAUCGAGACAGUUGCUAAGGCUAUGGGCAUCAACAACGAUUUGAAUAUUUCAUCAACAACUUGUACUAAAGCAAGUGACAAUUCCUGCAAUAAUAAUGUUGCAGGCCAUAGAAAAAGGGUGUCAAGAGAUUGGGAAGAGAGGAGUGAGGACAUGAUUAGUGAAGAGCGUGCGCUGAAAAGAAUGGCUAGCGUGGAAGAGACGUUUGGGAAUGAGUUUGAUGUGUUGGUAUUUCAGGACCUGGGCAGUGAUUAUUUGGACAGUUUGCUGUCCUCCUUAUGAUUCAGGUACUAAUAGAAAAUGAUGUCAGAGGUUAAUUAUGCUGUUCAACAGGUAAAAUAUAUAUAUAUACUUGUUUCUAUACAGAUCGGAUUGGGGUGGCCUAGAAAACAGUAUAUAUUUGUUUCAUAAAUUGUUCAUUAAUCCGUGCAUUGCAGGGGAUAAGUUAUUGAACGGAAAUUCUUGUAUUUAUCAUAAAUUUAAAUACAAUAAAUAUAAUAAAAUCUACAUGUAAAAUAGAUAUAAAA